AUGACAUUGGAAGAAAAACCAAAAAACGAUUUUAUUAAAAAUGAGAAAAUUGACUUAAAAACUUCCAAAUUAAAUUCAAAAGACAAUUUUCAAGAAGUUUGUGGAAUUCACAAUGUUGGCAAUACUUGUUUUAUGAAUAGUGCCCUUCAAUCAUUAGCAAAUGUUGAAGCUUUAACCAAUUAUUUUCUCAAUAACGAGCUCACAACUGAAAUUAAUGAGCAAAAUCCUCUUGGCACUCAAGGACGUUUAGUCAAAGCUUAUGCUACUUUUUUGCGUUCAUUGAGGUCUGGACAGGCUCAGGCUAUUAAUCCGUUACAAUUAAAGCUUGUAAUCGGUCAAUUCGCUCCUCGUUUUAAUGGGUAUUCCCAACACGAUUCUCAAGAAUUGACUGCUUUUUUACUUGAUGGAAUGCACGAGGAUCUUAACAGAAUUACUGAAACAACUAAAAAUAAUAAAGAAGAGGAUUCUAAUGUUUGUAAUGAACCUAAGCAUCAGAAGCUUGGAGACUCUAUAAACAACGAAAUAACAGUAUUAUUAUCAACACUUUCUUGCAAUGUUUGCAAAAAUGUAAGCAUUAAAUAUGAUCCUUUUUGUUUUCUUUCUGUUCCAAUUCCUUCAAAUGAACAAGAAGCAAUGGUUUCUUUACAAAAUGAAUCAACACAAUUAAAUAAUGAAGAAAAUGGUUUUGGAAAGGAAUCUUUGUCUUUGCCUAUUAUUGAUGCUCAAAGUUGUAGUAGUAAUAGUGUUUCCUCUAUGCAAAGCUCUUCUUCGUCCAAUUUAAUUGAUUAUAGUUAUGGAUUUUUAUCGUGGUUUCUCUUCCUUCUCAGUUAUAUAAAUCCAUUUAAUGCAGCUCUACAAAUGGUUAAGAAUUUAAUUUCAACAUCAAUACCUCUGAAAGAUUGUCUCAGAGUUUUGUUUUCAAUUGAUCAUUUAAAAGGAGAUGAUAUGUAUAGCUGUGAUAAAUGCAAAAAAUUACAAGAUGGAAUUAAACAUUCAUCAAUUACUCGAUUGCCAAAUGUUUUAAUUAUUCAUCUAAAACGUUUUCGACACGAAGGAAAUUACAAUACAAAAUUGAGAACUAAAAUUACUUUUCCUCUUUAUGAUUUGGAUAUGAACCAGUUUGUACGUUCUGAAGAAACUAAAGAUGGAGAAGAAAAUAAUUUGUCUAAUUGUUAUGAUUUGAGCGGAUUAAUUUCACAUAGAGGGCAGAAUAUUGAAUACGGGCAUUAUGUGGCAUAUUGCCGAAAUGCUUCUGAUGGAGAUUGGUACGAAUUUGAUGAUGCUCAGGUAACAAGAGUUAGCCCUCAAGAAGUAGCCAGUCAAGAACCUUACGUUCUUUUUUAUGAAAGGCGAAACUUCUUUUGUGAAAAUCAUGGAGAAGAUGAAAUUAAAUAUAAAGAGGAAUUUGAAAAGGAAACAGUUAAUGAAAUUAUGGUAAUUGAUGAUAAUAAAUUAAAUGAAAAAAGGGAAGAGAAAGAAGUAAUGAUGGAUAUUGAUAAUGGUGAAGAUGAAAAUAUUUUACAAACAAAACAAUUGGAAUCAUCUGCUACAAUCACAACAUCUGGUGAUUGUUCUUCUUGUUGUCUCCAACAGAAAAAUUAA